AUGAUUGGAUGGGAAGAGUACACUUUGAUCACUACCCCUGAUAGCCUAAACAAGAUCAAUUUUACCGACGUACCCCUCUCAUACUAUGCAGGCAUUCUGGGCAUGCCAGGAAUUGCUGCUUAUGCUGGAUUUCACAAAAUAUGCUAUCCCAAAGAAGGGGAUUGUGUGUAUGUUUCUUCUGCAUCAGGAGGAGUUGGUCAACUUGUUGGUCAAUUUGCCAAACUUAUGGGUUGCUAUGUUGUUGGAAGUGCCAGCACUAAAGAGAAGGUUGAUCUCUUAAAGCACAAGAUGGGAUUUGAUGAAGCAUUUAACUACAAAGAGGAGCAUGAUUUGGGUUCGGCAUUAAGAAGGUACUUCCCGCAAGGCAUUGACAUUUACUUUGACAAUGUGGGCGGUCACAUGCUUGAUGAAGUUAUCUUGCACAUGAAAGUUCAUGGCCGGAUUGCACUCUGUGGCAUGAUUUCUCAAUACAAUAUUGAGAAACCAGAGGGUGUACGCAAUAUGUUUAGCCUGAUCAUGAACCGGAUCGAGAUGAAAGGGUUUGUUGAAAACGAUUUCGGGCAUGUGUAUCCAGAGUUAGUCGAGUUAUGUAUCAAAGAACCACAUGUGACCAAAUUCAGAAUCAUCAGAACUCACUUUGGUGCUGACUGGACAGUCUGCACAAGCACUCUUCAAUCCAGAAACCUUACUUAG